CUUGCGAGUCGGCUCCCACGCCGCCGUCCCUGCGGUCCCGCCACUUAACUUAAGUUUCAUUUUCCGCGGCGACUGCGGACUCCUCCUCCCGUAGCCUUUUCCCAAAACGAGUUUCCUUUCUGUACCACGAGCAGAGAGCGCCGGCCAUGGACCCCCGGCGCAGAAAGGCCACGCGGAGCGCCUCGACGGUGGGUGCCGCCGCCCCCGAGGUUUUGGCGCACGCAGUGAAGGGGCCCCGGGCGGAGCUCAGCGAACCUUCCGCCGCCCCUCGGGCCGCCCGGCCCCCAACACAGAAGUGCGGCCCCGCGGGGGCAGCCGGAUCCCGGCGGAAGAAGAGCGCCCUCGGUUCCCCGGAGAGACGGCAGGUGCGCGCGCCCCCGGCCGCUGACGAGGUGGAGGGGCAGCGGGUUUCGGCGGCGAAGCAGGAGCCCCCCGCGGCCCCGCGGCCGCCCCUUGCCAGGACUAGAUCUCGCCGCGAGGGGGGCGAGCGCAGCUCUCGGGAGCCGAGAGCGGUGUCGGAGCUCGCGGGGGGCCUCGGCCUCGGCCCGCUGCUUCCAGCCUCGAGCUUCAGGCAGGAGAGGCCGGCGCCCGGCGCCUGGAAGCCCCGAUUGGUGCUGGAAAAGUUGAGGCUGAGGCGCCAGGAAAUCUCAGAGGCGGCGGAGGUUGUGAACAGGGUCGUGGACUACCUGUCGCGGAGGCUGCAGAGCUACGAGUCGGAAUUCAGAGGCGUCUCGCUGCUGCGCACCGGGAGCUACUACGAGCACGUGAAGAUUUCUGCUCCUAAUGAAUUUGAUAUUAUGUUCAAACUGGAGGUCCCCAGAAUUCAGCUAGAAGAAUAUUGCAAGACUGGGGCUUAUUACUUUGUGAAGUUCAAAAGAAAUCCUAAAGGAAAUCCUCUGAGUCAGUUUUUAGAAGAUGAAAAAUUAUCAGCUUCUAAGAUGCUGUCCAAGUUUAGGAAGAUCAUUAAGGAAGAAAUUAAAAACAUUCAAGCUACAGACAUCAUUAUGGAGAAGAAGAAGAGGGGGAGCCCUGCUAUAACACUUCUUAUUAGAAAACCUAAAGAAAUAUCGGUGGAUAUAAUCCUGGCUUUGGAGUCAAAAAGCAGCUGGCCUGCUAGCACCCAGGAAGGACUGCCCAUCAGUCAUUGGCUUGGAACAAAAGUUAAAACCAAUCUAAGACGACAGCCAUUUUACCUGGUACCCAAGCAUGCAAAGGAAGGAAAUUAUUUUCAAGAAGAAACAUGGCGGUUGUCCUUUUCUCACAUUGAAAAGGACCUUUUAAAAAGUCAUGGGCAGUCUAAAACAUGCUGUGAAAGUGAUGGAGUAAAAUGUUGCAGGAAAGAUUGCUUAAAACUAAUGAAGUAUCUUUUAGAACAAUUGAAAACGAAGUUUGGAAACCGAAAGGAACUGGAUAAAUUCUGCUCUUACCAUGUAAAAACUGCUUUCUUUCAUGUCUGUACCCAGGACCCACAAGAUAGUCAAUGGCAAGCCAAAGACCUAGAGCUCUGCUUUGAUAACUGCGUGACAUACUUUCUUCACUGCCUCAAGAAAGAACAACUCAAUCAUUAUUUUAUUCCCGAAUUCAAUCUAUUUUCUCGGGACCAAAUUGACAAAAUAAGUAAAGAAUUUCUAUUACAGCAAAUUGAAUAUGAAAGAAACAAUGGAUUUCCAGUUUUUCAUGAAUUUUGAAGUUAUAUUUUAAAAAGAAUCAAGAAUUAGAGUAACUUUAUUAUAAUUGGAAUGUUUGAAAUUUGUCACAUAGUGAUCAAUUACAAUGAAUGUAAAUAAUGAUUUAGCUCUCAGUUGUCUUAAUAAACUCUAAUCAGUAUAAAAGGAUUGAUCACCUUAGGAAAGAGAUUAGUCAAGGAAGAAGGAGUAUUUAAAAUCUAAAAGCUUUACCAGUUUGGAAUGAAAAGAAGGACAAGGGGUGCCUGGCUGGCUCAGUUGGUAGAGUAUGUGACUCUUGAUCUCAGGGUUGUAAGUUUGAGCCCCAUGUUGGGUAGAGAGAUUACUUACAAAUAAGAUUAAAGAAAAAGACAAAAUACAUAUCACCUGAAUUAAAUUCAUCAAGCACUUAUUGAACACCAUUUCUCACCUAGCACAAAGUGUGGAAGGUUACAAGAGGCAAUUUUAGAAAUGAUCUUUGCCUCCAAGAAACUGGUAGGCUUUGUUCAAUGUUCAAAUAUAUUUGGAACUAAUAUCCUGUCCUAUAUGUUAGAAUAGGCAAGAAGGAAAUGAUAAAUUCUACAUCAUCUCCACAUAUCUCAGGAAAUCUAUAAUGUCAUAGUAAAAUAUGGAAUAAUGCAUGUGGCCAAAUAUGAACAUAUAACUUAUUUUCUUUUAUUAUUUCUAUUUUUAGUAACACUUUCAUAUGUAUUCCUGAAAAGACAAUACAUGCAUAUGGUACAACACUUAAAGAAACAGGGAUGGCAUCACCCCGUCUCCUCUGCGCUCACCCAGCAUUCAGCUUAGGGGCAGCUGCUGUUCGUUAACUUUUUCCUAUUCAUAUUUUGUACAAUUUCUUACUGGCUAUUUUAUUGUUUUCUCGUCUUUAGAAAUUCUUCAUAUAUUUUGGAUAUUUAUGCCUUGUCUGCAUAAUGAAUAAAUUCUGUUUUGUGGAGUAUCUUUA